AUGCGUUUAUAUUAUGUGCUUAUUUUAUACAGCCUCAAAGUAGUUUAUACAUCCGUCAUAUACCAGAAUCAAAGGUUGUCAGUUAAAGCUUUUGUACUGCCUUCCGAGGAGUCGAAGCAACUAUAUGAUGAUAUCGGCUUCAUUGUAGUUAACAGAGAAUUUACUGGUGAUUGGAAUAUAGUUGAAACUUUUAAUGUAAAACGACCGGAUAAUGUAUUCAAGUGGUUUGAAGACAUGAAAUUUGAUGAAUUUGAACAUAAAGUUGUAGGGUAUGCUGUGGAUAAGGAAGCUAUUUCGAAACGAGAAGUUCAGUUAACAGAACUAGAAGUAGUCAUUGACAUACAAUUAUGCCGUGAAAUUUUAUCAUACAACCAUAUUAUUGUUGGUUUCAAUGUACCAUGUUACCAUUCAUGUUCUUAUAACAGCUACGUGAACGAAGAUGAAAGAUGUGAUAAUUACCAUGGAGUUUUAGGUGGAGCAUUGUUUAAUGUUAAAAGCAAGAAACUGUUCGGUAUUGCAACUUGGGCAGCAUAUUAUAGAUAUUUUGAAUUACCAGUAGGAUUUUCUGUACCAAACUCGGACUCUUAUUUCAAAGAUCAUGCCUGCAGCUUAAAAAUUCGGGACAGUCAAGAAACAAAUGCAAGCAAAGGCUACUAUCAAAAGCUUUGUGAUAAUAAAAGGAUCUGA